UCUUUCAGCCUCGUGUGCAAGUUGUAACAGACUCUCGUUGCGACGAACGCGAGUGUUCCCGCGUGCCUCGGUGGAGGGGUACCAUUACGCUCCUCCUCUCGUGUCCUCCUUUGGGGCAUUUUUACGCGAGCUUUUAGUGCGUUCCCGUGCACGCAGCCAGCAGCGUCGCGAGUCGAAUCCUCCUCUCGAUUUUCCACCUCGACGUUGCUCUCCUCGCGGAGAAACGCGGAGAAUUUUCGCUUUACGCAGUGAAUCAUCGUUUCGUUGUACUUCCCUGCACUCGAUUUCCUUCUCCGUUUUUUUUUUUCUUUUUUUUUUUUCUUCGAAGCGUGCCUUUUCCCGCGACGCGCGCUUCAUCGCUCGCGCAUGCUUGAACGCGUUGGUGAAACGGGAGAGUGCGCGCGAUGGGGGAUGAUCUAGGAUCCGGGCAAGACUCUCGCUGACGGUUGACAAAAUCACGUCGCACAUCCCUCUCUCUCUCUCUCUCUCUCUCUCUCUCCCCCACUUUCAAUUCCCCACUAGAGCAAUAACUUCGCUCGCCAGCGAAGAACAGAGGCGACACAUAUGAAAAAAAUAUAGAGAAUAGAAAACGGAGGGGGAAACGUGUCGGAUUAUCCGGUGGCCGGCCAGAUCGGACCUAGAAAGGCGGUUGUUCUAAGGUUUCCGCGUCGGCCGUAGGAAGCCAGCCCGUGGACUGUGGCUCGUGCCCCGCACACAGUCGGACGCGAAAAUAUCGCCCACGUUUUUAGAUCCCGUGUGUGCAUCGCUCGCGCAUUCUUAAACCAUCGUCGGUUUCGCGAGUCUCCGCUCGGUUUGUCGCGCGCGCGCUCGCACGCACACACAUACGUAACGCGCUUUCUUCGCCCUCUCCCUCCCCUCGCUCCCCCCUAACCCGCCCCGCCCGGCCCCCUUUUCCACGUGAGGAUGGAUCGUAACGAGAGCGCAAACGAGGGCGGAAGCUCGCCGGACACGGUGAUCGCGCGCUCCUCGUCCGAAGAGGAGCGGAACAGGUUCGCGUGCAGCACUUCCGGCGAGUACGUGACCACCGUCGGUGACAGCAGCUCGAGUUUGGACACGGUGACCAGCGCCGGGACGACGACGAACGUCGCCGCGAACGAUCCACCGGGGGCCGAUGACAAGAAAAGGGGAAGAUUCGGCAAUUUGAAAAGCAGUUUCCGCAAGGAGGGAGGGCUGUUCAAGAUCAGGAGGAAGAACAGGCAGCUGGACGAGCCGGCUGCUGUCGAGCCUCAGCCGGAUGUCGAGGAAAAAGAAACGGGUCGAAAGCGGAGUCCGGUGGAGGAGGACGAUGAUCGCAAGGGCGGUGUUGGCCCGUCAACGUCCUUGAAGAAGAAGAAGAAAAAGUCGCACUCGUUGGUGCGCAAGCUGUCGUUGAACAAAUUUCGUCUGUCGACGGAGCAGGAGCCGAGGCACACGCCCGAAGGUGGUGACAGCAGCCGAUCGCAGAGCCAAUCGUCGCAGGAGUCACCUAGCCUCUCGGACAGUCCGUCGAGGAUCGCGAGGAAGGGGCAAGAGACUGAGAGGCUUGAGUGCGAGGCCGAGGCGCCUCCGCGUGAUACCGCGUUACACCAGGUGGACGAAGAGAAGGGAAAGCCGAGGAAACCGGAGAAACCGACGGAGAAACUGGUGAGCACGGUGACGGUAGUGCAGCGCAAGUCGCCGUCGUUGACCAUCAAGAGCUUUUCUUCCAAGAAUCAGAACGAUUCCCAAUCGUCGGAGAAGUCUCCACGCCCGGAAGCUCGGUGCAGCUCGACGCUUCCGUACGCGAUCUCAAAAUGGCCGGAGCAGAACACCGCGAGUCCAGCAUCUGCCGAACCGCCUAGAAAGUCGAAGCUGAGCACGAAAUCCGAGUCCGAGUCCGCGAUAGCGAAGACCUCGCCUCACGAGGUCAGGCGAAAAUUGUCCCUGCUCGAAGAGAAACGCGCCAUCUUUCAGCGUCGCUUGUUCGAGACGACCCGCGACACCGAUUCCGGCGAGACGGUGAUAGCCGUCAGCGUCGACGACGACGACAAGUCAACGGCGACGAAGGAGGCAGACGCUCGAAAGAAGGACGAGGGUCGAACGAAGAAGAGAGCCAGGCACAUCAGCGUGAAGAAGUUCGACACGUUCUCGACGUUCGAGGGCACGUUCGACGAGGAGACCGGCGUUGGAUAUUUGGCCGGUAUCGAGGAGGAUUACACGGAGAGUUACGACAGACAGCACGACAGCUACGUGGCUGCUAUGGGGCCGAUGAUGGGCGAGUCCGCGGAGAAGAGCAAGGUCGUCAGCCAGGACAGCAUGUCGUCACAGAACAAUUCGCCGAAUGCCGGAGUUGGCGAGAAACGAGAACACUUGUAUAAAAUCCUGGUGAUUGGUGAGCUGGGCGCCGGAAAGACGUCCAUCAUCAAGAGAUACGUGCAUCAAUUUUUCUCACAGCAUUAUCGCGCGACGAUUGGCGUCGACUUCGCAUUGAAAGUAUUGAACUGGGACCCGCACACGAUCAUAAGGCUACAGCUAUGGGAUAUCGCAGGUCAAGAAAGAUUUGGAAACAUGACGCGGGUGUACUACAAGGAAGCAGUUGGCGCGUUCAUAGUGUUCGACGUGACGAGAAGUGCCACGUUGGACGCGGUGGUGAAAUGGAAACAAGAUUUGGACUCGAAAGUCCAGCUUCCUGACGGUUCGCCGAUACCCUGCGUGCUUCUGGCGAACAAAUGUGACCAGCAGAAGGAAGGCCUGGUCAACUCACCAGCGAAAAUGGACGAAUACUGUAAAGAGAAGAAUUUCGCCGGGUGGUUCGAGACGUCGGCCAAGGAAAAUAUUAAUAUCGAGGAGGCCGCAAAGUUUCUCGUCAAUAAAAUACUUCAGAAUGACCAGCUGAUGAAAGGAAACGGCUCUCAGGAUCAGACGGACGGCGAGCGGUUUGCGCUGAAUCAGUCGCCGACGAGUUCAAAGAAAUCUUGCUCCUGCUGACGAAUCGGUAAUCAACCGAUAGCAGGAUCGUCCGGCCUGUUAUCGCGGUCCUGCCGUCAUCGUUUAACCACCACCGGUGCCAUGACACGAGAGUCCAGUCCAGUCGUCGUUGUCGUUGGAUCGUCUCGUCUCGAUCGUGUGACCAGUUGCCUCUCCAAGAAACGAAUCAUCACGACCAUCGUUUUCUCGUCGAUCGAGCUCCGUUUUCACAAGAUCUCGACGCUUCGUUGCGCGUCGUUAAUUGUUUACUGAGAGGUCAUGAAACUCGAACGAUCUUUGCAUUGUAAAUAUACGUAUAAAUUUACAUUUACGCGCAUUUAUGGGAGAUUCGAUUUUUAUGAAAACGAUGAAGCACGGAAUGCUGAGCAGAAAUGAAAAAUAUUGUGCUUGAUAGCAUUAGUGAAAAUAAUUAAUCUUCUGUAAUUUUUGGGAGAGUUACAGAAAUAUUCGUAACAUCGUUUUUUUUUUUUUUUUUUUUUAUUUUCAGUAUUGAACGAUUGACAAUGAAAAGACUGAAAAUUCUUGUCAACGAGCGUGUUAAUUAAUUAGCACUUUUUAUUUCAAGACUUUUAUUUCGUCGUUGAUAGGAGUCUUGCAGUUUGCAUUGUUCGAAACAAUGUCGAUCGUUCGAUAGUGAACAAUUAAAAUAUCACUGCGAGUGUAUUCAAAGUUUGGGAAUACUUAUUGCUUCGUCGUUGUGUUUCAUCGAUACAUUAUAAGUAUACCGAGUGAGUUCGUAAUAAUAUUAAUUAAUUUAGCAUAUGUAGUAAAAUUAUUAUGUAAGAAUUGUCAAUUGCUAAAUUUCAAAUUCCAGCAGUCACGAUCGACUAAUAAUAAUUCUUAUCUUUUACAAAAGUGAGCUACCGGGGAAUUUAUUCUUCAUUGAUUGAAAAUUUUGUGACUUAACAACGAUUUUGUGAACUUUGAUCAACUCGAAAGAAUACUGAACAAUGAAUUUAUAAGAAGACACACAUCUUAUAAAUAUAAAUGUUUAUAGAACCGAAUUUGGAAACUUCUUGUUGUCUAUUUUUAAGCUUAAUUUCAAUAUAUAUUGAAUAUAUCUUCCAAGUAUUCAAGUUUCAGAAUCAAGUUUCAAAAUUCAAAGGUUCUUUUAACGAGUCCAUUUUUAAACAAUUUUAACAUUGUUCUUCUCUGUAGCUUAGGUCACUUUUACACAUCUUCCAAAUAUUCAUCAUAGAAAUAUAGAAUGUCAGCUAUUUUAUAUUAUUUAUUAGCUUUAUAAGAAGAGUUUGAAAAGGUGUGACUCGUCUCAGCAUUCCUAGCUUACUCGCAGUCAGUCCAAUCUUCCAACUCUCCACGUUCUCUCUUCCAUCGGAAAGAAGAAAAAAAAAGAAAAUUACUAUAGAGUAACUCGUGAACAACGAACGAACGAAUGAACGACGAAAGGAUGCCCGACAGAUGACACACAAGGAUUUUUACGAGUAAUUUUGAACGUUGUAACGGGGUGUAACUUUCAAGGUUGAUCGAGAGCGGGCACUGCUCGCAAGACUUUUGCCUCCAACACAAGAGACAAAUAAUAACGUGACAAAUAAUAAUUAAUCGAUGUGUGUACACGGUGAGGAAAGAGCCUGUGAACGCGCCGUUGCUCGAAUUCUUUGCGAUUCUGUCGACACUAGUGGCGAACGAUUACGUUCCAGGCGAUCGUUCUCUCAUAGACUUCAAUCGAUUCUACGUUUCGUUACUUGCUGUACAGUAUUGAACGCGGAGGUUGUUUGCAGGCACGAGUAAGAUGAGCUACGAUUAAUAAUUUUCAUGUAAAAAUGAAUGUGUCGCGCUUGAGGGAUGGAAGAGAGGGAAUAUUUCGAGUGAAAAUGGGAAUUGCAAUGUAAUUUAGAUUAAUUCACUGUUUAAUGUCAAUAUUUUCCGAAUUAAAUUUGUUAGUUGCCCAUUUUUCUCUUUUUCUCAAUUGAAUUUGUCGUACUGGGGUUCUUUAUUUUUGACGUAAUUUCAAAGUAGAGAGAUCAGUUUUAAUUCGAAACUCAGGCAAUUUUAUUUUUAUAUUUGACUCGUCUAUUCCCGUUUCACUGCGCCUUCCUCCGUUUCCAUCCCUCGAUCUUAAAGGAUUAUACUAACGUGAAAUCCUAACGAAUAAAACCCAACCACACUCGCAUUUCAGCGGUUUUUAUAUCAACUCUAAACGCUAAGUUCCGCGUGAUUUUUCUAUUAAGAAACUAAAGAACGUAGAUGUACAAUUUACAAUUAACGAUUAACAGCGUUCACGGAUCGAACAACUGUCGAUUGUUAAACGCGUAAAUUAAGAAUUAAGAGGGAAACUUCCCUCUUCCCUCUGGGUUUUAUUUUUUUUUUUUUUUUUUUUUUUUUAUUUUCAAUUCACGAACAGCUCUACGAACGCUGAUCGUGACUUUCAUUCCAAUCGAACUGAGAAUACUAUCGAUCGAUUUACUAUGAUAAGUCUAUGAUAAUUUAUACGUAUCGUCGUUCAAAAGUAUCUGAACGUUCAUUCGCUUACCUUUCGUGGAAUUCGUGCAGUUUAAUUAUAAGAGCGAAGUAUAAUAUUGUAUAAGUAUGAUGUAAUGUUAUAUAACAACACGUAUUGAAGCAAUAAUGGUGAAAUUCGUUUUUCCUAGAGCAAAAUAUUUGACGACGAAAAUGAUGGAACAUUAAUUUUCGACGAAUUUUCAAAAUUCUUUGCAUUCAUUUGCUUUACUUUAACUUUUAAGCUUCGAAUUAAUAAAUAAAAGAGGACUCUACUAACAUUGCGGAAAUUCAAGAGUAUGACGUAUAUAUAUUUAGAAGUAUACCUAAGAAUUAUUUAAAACCAUCAAAUAUAUUAAUUUUAUUAGUA